AGGGAGGGAGAAGUGACCUGUGGGAUAAGGCAGUAACUGUUCUGGGGUUGCAGAAGUGCUCAGAAGCUCAUCACGUACAGUGAUUCUCUCCUACUACAUAGGAAUAAUACCGUGUAGCUGAGGGAGAGUGACUCUCAUACACUACUGCAUUUGGUUCCAGAGUUUCCAUGCACAAACAGACAUUGACAGGAGGAAACCAUUGACAGCCUUGAAGACUGAGAUUUCCAGGACUAUCAGGAGUUCAGAGGAAAUAAGUUACUGCCCUGGAAUCUCAGCCAGGGAGGAGCUCAUCGCCCCCCUUCUCUUGGGAUCCCCCUUUUAUCCUGAUCUUCAGCUUGUUUUCCUCAUCUAAACUACAAGGGGGAAUUCAGGGAAUAUUGGAAGGGCGACGAGCAUGGAAGUGAACCCCAUCCCUGUUGUAACAGUGCAGACUGUCCCCUAUGAUGAUCAGAAACCAGGGAGCAAUGGAUUUAGGAAGCCAACAGCUGUAUUUGAAAGCAAGAGAAACUAUCUUCAGAACUUUAUCCAGAGUGUGCUAUCCUCUAUAGAUCUGCGGGAUCGUCAGGGAUGUACUAUGGUGGUGGGCAGCGAUGGCAGGUACUUCAGCAAGACAGCCACAGAGGUCGUUGUACAGAUGGCAGCUGCCAAUGGGAUUGGUCGCUUGGUUAUUGGUCAGAAUGGAUUGCUGUCCACUCCUGCAGUCUCCUGCAUUAUCAGAAAAAUUAAGGCAACCGGAGGAAUUAUUUUAACAGCAAGCCACAGUCCAGGAGGACCUGGUGGAGAUUUUGGGGUCAAGUUCAAUGUUGCCAAUGGAGGUCCAGCUCCAGAUGCGGUUACAGAUAAGAUUUAUCAGAUCAGUAAAACUAUUGAGGAAUAUGCUAUUUGUCCAGAACUGCGGAUUGACCUCUCAAGAGUUGGGAGACAGGAAUUUGACUUGGAGAAUAAGUUCAAACCAUUUAGAGUUGAAAUAGUGGAUUCAGUGGAGGUUUAUCUCAAUUUGCUGAGAACAAUUUUUGACUUUAAUUCUAUUAAGAGCUUGCUUACUGGUCCGAGUCAGCUGAAAAUAAGGAUUGAUGCAAUGAAUGGAGUGAUGGGUCCUUAUGUGCGAAGAAUACUCUGUGAUGAAUUAGGAGCACCUGCCAAUUCUGCAGUCAAUUGUGUCCCCUUGGAAGACUUUGGUGGGCAGUAUCCUGACCCCAACUUAACAUAUGCCAGUGGUCUCUUGGAGGCCAUGAAAGGGGGAGAGCAUGGCUUUGGAGCUGCAUUUGAUGCUGAUGGAGACAGAUACAUGAUCUUAGGCCAAAAUGGCUUUUUUGUGAACCCUUCCGAUUCCUUAGCAAUUAUUGCAGCCAACCUCUCCUGUGUGCCUUACUUUCGACAAAUGGGAGUGCGAGGUUUUGGGAGGAGUAUGCCCACUAGUACAGCCAUAGACAAGGUUGCAAAAGCAAUGAAGGUGCCUGUAUAUGAAACUCCAACUGGCUGGAAAUAUUUUGCAAACCUAAUGGAUUCUGGGCGCUGUUCAUUGUGUGGAGAAGAAAGUUUUGGCACAGGUUCAGAUCAUCUCAGAGAAAAGGAUGGACUUUGGGCUGUUUUAGUCUGGCUUUCAAUUUUGGCUGCUCGUAAGCAAAGUGUAGAAGAGAUUGUGCAUGAUCACUGGACAAAGUUUGGACGCCACUAUUACUGCAGAUUUGACUAUGAUGGUCUUGAGCCUAGGACAGCUUUAUUCAUAAUGAAAGAACUGGAGUCUACAAUAAUAGAAAAGACAUUUACCACUCAGCAGUUUGCAGUUGGAAGUCAUAUGUACAGUGUGGAGAAAACAGAUAGUUUUGAAUAUGUGGACCCUGUAGAUGGAACAGUGACAAAGAAACAGGGACUCAGGAUUCGUUUUGCAGAUGGAUCAAGGAUUAUUUUUAGACUCAGUACUUCAGGUUAUGUGGGCACAACUCUAAGAAUUUAUGCAGAAAGCUAUGAAAAAGACCCAAGCAAGCACAACAAAGAGACCCAGGUGGUGCUUGGCCCUCUCAUAGCCAUUGCUUUGAAGCUUUCCCAGAUUCAUGAACGGACCGGACGUAAGGGACCCACCGUUAUCACCUGAAUCUACCCUUCAUAUACCAAUAUGGGCCAAAGAGUGUUCAAAGAGAGAUUUAUGCAUCUUUCAAUUAUUGCCUUUAUUUUGCUGUAUAUGCUUUUCUCCUCCAAAGUGAUGUGUUUGUGUUUAUCAUGUUCACCAUUACAGUUUAAUUAAAAUAAUGUAAUUUUAUUUCAGACACCAAAAUGUAUUACAGUUUAAUCAUAUCUUUAGUUUAAUAAACUGGUGAAAUGGAAGACCUAAGGUUAUGAGUGAUAGGGCUAUUGGCACGUCUUUAUCUUUUUAUGCCAAUCUCCAGACAGACAUAAAGUGUAAUAUAAUACUCUGAACACAGAGGCUAUUGUUCAACAUGCUUGUCGCUGAAAAGUUCAUAAAUCUGUGAAUUUUAAUUUAAGGAAAAGUAUGGAAAAUAAGGCACAUGACAGAGCCAUGACCAGUAUGACAGAACCAUUUUGAACAUAUCCUAACUGAUCCUGAAGGAUCCCAUUGGCAUAUUGUCAGGCCCAUCAGGUUUACAUUGGGUUUGUGAAGGCAGAUUGUUUCUAUCAAAAAUACCAGAGCCCCGAAAGAGCAGAAACACUUGCCAUUGAGAACUGAGCCUGCAAAAAUCAUUUUAGACUAGGGACAAUUAUGAUAUCUAGAGUUGUCCAUUUCUGUUUUAUAACUGAAAAAUUAAAGGGUACCAAUACCCUAAACCUAAAAAUUUGGUCAGAAUAAUACAUCUGGCAAAUAUUCUGACUGGAUAAUCUCCAACAUACUCCAUAUACUUCAUACACUCCUGUAUCUUGCA